CUCUAAUACCUUUCCUCAAACAGCAUCGAAGGGGUUGUCAAGGAAGAGCGCUCUAAACCAAUGGAACUCAAUGAGCGCCUUGGCUACUACUUCCAAGACCAGGAAUACUUGGGCAAUAAGAAUGCUUCUCCAGUUUUCAUGAAGUGUGAUGAGCAGGUAGUCAGUGAAGAUGAUGGUAGACUUCCCAAGGAAGGCCCAAAGGCCUUUUCUAAUCCAGCUGCCCCUCCUGGUUGCCAUGGCAGAGCUGGCCUUUGCCUGCUUUGGGCCUGCACAGUCUGCAAACGAAAGUCUGUCACAAUGGACAGAAGAAAGGCUGCCACCCAAAGGGAGAGGAGGAGACUGAAAAGAAUCAAUGAAGGUUUUGAAGCGCUGAAGCGAAUGUCAGUGCCCAACCCAAACCAGAGACUGUCCAAGGUGGAGAUCCUUCGUAGUGCCACCCAGUACAUCACACGACUGCAGACACUGCUGAGAACUCUGGAUGACCAGAAAGCUGUGCCAAUCGACAGAAAAGACACUCACCAUUCUGGUUUACAAGUAGGGGAUCUCUUCAUUACUCUUUUCUUUUUGCUAUUCAACACAACACAGGGGAAUAAUGAAGACAUUGUGGUUUUCAAUUUAAACCAUAUCAAAAAUUUGACCUUUUGUUUAGUUGUUUGA